ACUCUUAUCCUGGGGUUCCGCGCUCUCUCCUGAAAGGCUCCCUCUUCCUUCUAUACUCGCCGCAACUCCGAAAAGCCCCGUCCUACUCUUCCUACCCCGUUUCCUUCGCGGCCCCCCCCCAUUUCGCUUGGUGCGGUCCCGUGUCGCUGGUCACGCGGCGGCGGGGCGCUGCCUUCCCGGAGCCCAGGUGGUUUUUCUCACAGCCUUUGCCCGCGGCCUUUGGAGCGGUUUUGCGGCUAGGAAGAUGCCGGGCUGGGGUCGCGUAACUUUAGUCCUCCUAACCGCGGCUGCAACCUGUGCCUUGGCGCAGCAGGCGCCGCCGUGGACAGAAAACUGCAGAAAAUCAACCUAUCCUCCUUCUGGACCAACCUAUAGGGGUCCAGUUCCAUGGUACACCAUAAAUCUUGACUUACCGCCCUACAAAAGAUGGCAUGAAUUGAUGGUUGACAAGGCACCAGCGCUAAGAAUUAUAGUGAAUUCCCUGAAGGAUCUAGUAAAUGCAUUUGUGCCAAGUGGAAAAAUUAUGCAGAUAGUGGAUCAAAAGUUGCCUGGCCUACUUGGCAACUUUCCUGGUCCAUUUGAGGAGGAAAUGAAGGGGAUCGCAGCUGUUACUGAGAUACCUUUAGGAGAGAUUAUUUCAUUCAAUGUGUUCUAUGAAUUUUUUACCAUUUGCACUUCAAUAAUAACAGAAGACAAAGAAGGUCAUCUACUACAUGGACGAAACAUGGACUUUGGAGUGUUUCUUGGGUGGAAUAUAAACAAUAAUACCUGGGUCGUAACUGAGCAACUCAAACCUUUGACAGUGAACUUGGACUUCCAAAGAAACAAUAAAACUGUCUUCAAGGCUUCAAGCUUUGCUGGCUAUGUGGGCAUGUUAACAGGAUUCAAACCAGGACUGCUUAGUCUUACAUUAAAUGAACGUUUCAGUAUAAAUGGCGGUUAUAUGGGUGUCAUAGAAUGGAUUUUGGGAAAGAAAGAUGCUAUGUGGAUAGGGUUUAUCACUAGAUCAGUUCUGGAAAACAGCACAAGUUAUGAGGAAGCCAAGAAUAUAUUGACCAAAACCAAGAUAUUGGCCCCAGCAUACUUUAUCCUGGGAGGCAACAAGACUGGGGAGGGUUGUGUGAUCACACGAGACAGAAAACAAUCUUUGGAUGUAUAUGAACUUAACACCAAGCAGGACAGAUGGUAUGUAGUACAAACAAAUUAUGACCGUUGGAAAAGCCCUUUCUUUCUUGACGAUCGCAGAACACCUGCAAAGAUGUGUCUAAACCAGACAACCCAAGAGAAUAUCUCAUUUGCAACCAUAUAUGAUGUCCUAUCAACAAAACCUGUCCUCAACAAGCUGACUGUAUUCACAACCCUGAUGGAUGUUACCAAAGGUCAAUAUGAAACUUACCUGCGGGAUUGCCCAGACCCUUGCAUAGGUUGGUGAGCAUACACCUGGCCCCUAGAAUGCUCUCUGCGUGGCAUGAAGAUGGAAACUCACAUGCAUCAAACUAGUGCAGCCGUCUGAUCUCCUUCCAAAGACCAAGACUCAGGGCAGUUUCUCGUUGAGGCAUGAACUUGUCUUUCUUGUGUUUACAGUUCAGACGAUUUUUGCCGUAACAGUUGAUUGUUCUGUUUGCAGGUAACUUCUUUAUAUACAAAAAUCAAUCAUCUAGAAUUUGCAGUUUCACUUCACUUUGACUUUUAGGGAUAGGGAUGGGCAAUGAAUCUAUUAGGGGACCCACCUCCAUAGAAUAAAAGCAAGAUUCUCGGUGGGUGUUGAAUCCAGCACAUCUGUACAUAGUUCAGUUUCUCAAUUCAAUCCGUAAGCUUUUUAAUUUUCUUUUCCUCUGGUUCAAAUUACUAUUAAAAUUAGCACACCAUGGUCUUUGCUGUCUAUGACAGCAAUGUAAUUUCACUGAUUUUGAUUGGAGGGGGAUGAGACAGACCUUCAGCUGUGUAUUUCUCUUAAGGGGCAGUAAUACUCAAGGCUUUGACCCUCAAUAGAAGUACUUAUUUUGGGUUCAUGAAGCAAUCCAUCUGCAAGACAGCCUUUCAUACACAGAACUUACACAUUCCCUUUUUCAUAAUUACUCUACCUCCCAGUAAGUCCAGGCAGUUGUUAACUUCAAACACGGAGUCUCACGUUCUGUGAAUUAAUAGCCUUAUGGAAUUGAGAGGUGAACCCGUAAAGUUACAUUAGUAUCAUUCACUUAAUAAAUGUUUAGUUUGUCUUUCUGAUCCCUAUGUAUUUUUAAAAAAACUUAGUUACUAAAAAUGUUUUUCAGAAAUCAGUCCUAUUUAUGGAAAGUGCUAAUAAUAAAACUUGUUAACCUUUCAGACUUUAACAGUUAACUGUGAAAUGCAUGCCAGUUGGGUGAGACUGUGUCCACUUUAUUUUGUAUGUUGUGUUCAUGAUGCUCAAUAAACAGUCAUUGGAAGUAGU